GUCUAAGUCAGACUAGAUCACAAAUAUGUAACAACAGUGUAAGUCUUUGGAUUAUUUUCUCUUGGAAUGAAAUGAGAUUCUGAUUGUUUUUCUGAAAACGUAUGCUUUUUUUAGGGGCAUGACAGAAGGAGUUACGCUGUUAAUCCUGGCAGUGCAGACUGGUCUGAUAGAACUACAGGUUGUUCACCGGGCAUUCCUGCUCAGUAUUAUCCUUUUCAUUGUCGUAGCUUCUAUUCUACAGUCUAUGUUAGAGAUUGCAGAUCCUAUUGUUUUGGCGCUGGGAGCAUCUAGAGACAAGAGUUUAUGGAAACACUUCCGUGCUGUGAGCCUUUGUUUAUUUUUACUAGUGUUCCCUGCUUACAUGGCUUACAUGAUUUGCCAGUUUUUCCACAUGGAUUUUUGGCUGCUUAUCAUUAUUUCUAGCAGCAUUCUCACUUCUCUUCAGGUUUUGGGAACACUUUUUAUUUAUGUCUUAUUUAUGGUUGAGGAAUUCAGAAAAGAGCCAGUGGAAAACAUGGAUGAUGUCAUCUACUAUGUGAAUGGCACUUACCGCCUUCUGGAGUUUCUUGUGGCCCUCUGUGUGGUGGCCUAUGGUGUCUCAGAGACCAUCUUUGGAGAAUGGACCGUAAUGGGCUCAAUGAUCAUCUUUAUCCAUUCCUAUUAUAAUGUGUGGCUUCGGGCACAGCUGGGGUGGAAGAGCUUUCUUCUCCGCAGGGAUGCUGUGAAUAAGAUUAAAUCAUUACCCAUUGCUACAAAAGAGCAGCUGGAGAAACACAAUGAUAUUUGUGCCAUCUGUUACCAGGACAUGAAAUCUGCUGUGAUCACACCUUGCAGUCACUUCUUCCAUGCAGGCUGUCUCAAGAAGUGGCUGUAUGUCCAGGAGACCUGCCCUCUGUGCCACUGCCACCUCAAAAACUCCUCCCAGCUUCCGGGGUUGGGGACUGAGCUGGUGCCACACCCUCCUGCGGGAGCCGCGCAAAACAUGCUCCCGGAAGGAACUGAGCCUCCAAAUCAAGAGCAUCCUCCAGGGACUGGGAUGCGAGAAGGUUCUAGGGACAAUAAUGAGUGCAUUGCCACUAGGUCAGAUAGCCAGGAAGGGACUUGUGACCCUAAGGAAUAUCCUUUUAGUGAAAAAGAUGAAGCAUGUCCUGUUGAGGUCAGCAUAGAAGAAAAGAAGCAGAAGUAAUGCUUUGAUACUCUGGAGAAGUUAACUCACUAUGAAAUUCGAGCUCAGAUUUGAGGAAUGAAUGUAUGAGAUGAUGAGGUAGGAAACUUGACAUUCCAAGGAUCUGAUCCAGGAAGUACUCUCAGUGGAGGCUGUUUGCGUUCAUCCCCCUGACAUUGUGGGAGAAAUUUUGCAAUGUAUGCUAAUCAAAAUGUAUUUAUAUAUCCUGUGCUGAUAUUUUGUAGAGGUUUGCCAAGAAAAUUCAACUUCAACAACUUUAGAAACUGCCCCUGACUUAUAAGGGAUAAAUAAAAUCAGAUUUGAGUGCUUGAAAGGGGCUAAAAAAGGAGGAUAAAGAGCAUCAGGACAGCAUGGGAAGAAGCGGGCAGAAGCAGAACUGACAUUUCACUUUCUAUGGGACAGGAUCAUUCUUACUACAGAGUAUGAGUAGUGACCAGCCCUUUUCACCACCUCCCUUUCCCUCAGUUAAUUGGAACUCAGUCAGGUGAUAAUUGAGUUUUGUACAGCACUGAAAUGAAAUCAAAGACUUAAGAGCAUUGAUUGUAUUCCAAGAUUGAAGCACGCUCAUACUUCGUAUGUGCUUUAGGGGAGGGGGUGGGAGGGCACUUGGGCCUUGCGGGUGCAUUCAUGUAAUCUGAGACUCUUGAACUUUAUGACGGAGUCUUCAAUAUUUUGAUGUAUAUGGAACUUUUGUUAAUAUAUUGUAUACUGUGUCGGCUGUGUGAAGUAAACUAAAACUCUCAUGAACACUUUGGGGUCCACUUUAGUGUAGGAGACCAAAGUGGGAGGGGCUUUAGGGCACUGAUAAAGGCCCUAAGUGUACUUUUCAGUCUGUGUAAUGUUGAAUUCUUGCGACUGAAUCAAAACAGUGUUAAAUUAUGGCAAUAUUUGCACUUUGGGAAUGAGUACUUAACUGUAUGAUCACACUCUGCAAAUGCCACUUUUAAAGCUGUUAAUAGACUUUGCACCUUUUCUUUGACAAGGAUGUGUCAUAUUUAAAUUUUUACAUUCAUCAUGGCUACAGGUAGAACUGGGGAGGGGGGAAUGUAAUUUUUUAUGGGAAUUUUGAUAUGAAAAGAAACUAGUCAUUUAUUUAUACAAUAUAGGCUUGGCUCAAAAAGUGUUUUUCAGACUCGAUAUUCCUAAUGUGGGAUGUGACUUUAUUUUAUUUUUAGUAGCAAAUUUGGAUGUAGACUGACAGACAUAGCUGAAUGUCUUAAUAAAUUUAAAUUUGAAGAUAA